AUGUCGCAUCUCACCUUUUUCACUUACGAGGGCUUCGGCUCCAAGGCCCUCGAGUCCCACGCUUAUAAUCAAGCUGUGCGGAUGGACAACCAAAUCUGGAUAUCAGGCCAAGGUGGCUGGGACAGACAGACAACAGAACUAAGCCCGGAUGUCACAACUCAGAUAGACCAGGCCUUCGACAACGUUGACUUUGUGCUCAAAGAUGCGGGCGGGAAGGGGUGGGAGCAGGUGGCCGUGGUCAGGUCUUACCACAUCGACCUCUCGGAUGAGGCCCAGGAGGCUAUGGUGAGGAACUUUGGCAGGUGGAUGCCAAAUCACAAGGCGCUGUGGACGGCUGUCGGGGUGAAGAAGCUGGGGGAUGAGAGGAUGCUGGUUGAGAUUGAGGUUGUGGCGCAUGAUCCUGUGAAGAGGUAA